CCGGAAGAUUCGACGGCGUAUUUCGUGGCGGAUCUGACGAGUGCUUAUUUCAAUGUCACCUCCGUCGAGCGCGGCAACCGCACCAUCAACGCCCGCAAACAAGUCCUCCUCCAAGACGAAAUCACCUCCUCCGCGUCCGUCAUGUGGCGGAUGCACACGAACGCGACGGUCUCGGUCGACAGCUCCGGGACGUCGGCGACGCUGACGAUAGGUGACGAGACGCUCAUCAUGCAGAUCUUGAACGCGCCGAGCGGGGCGAAGUUCACGACGGGGGAGGCGACGAGGCUUGAGAGCGAUCCGGCGUUGCUGAGUGGACAGGUGGAUCAGCCGAAUCCGGGGGUGACGGUUUUGAUGAUUAGUUUGGAGGCGGGGGCUUAG